AGCGUAUUAGCUGUGGUCCUUUUUCAAAAACCGUUUGUCGAUUUAUUUCAUAUUUGAAAUGAGUUGAAACUGUUUUGUUUUUAUUCAGUUUGAGUCAAAAAUAAGAAGGUGAACCUCACCUGAGCGACGCAAGCAUUCGCAGAUACCUUCAACGUCGAGCACCCAGGAGUUAUUGAAGAAGCACACUACUGAAGAAGCUUAGAAGGCAUAAAAUGACCUGAAUUCUCAGAAGUGAAAGACUGAAGGUGAAUGUGUCGGUGCCACUUCCAUUUCACCUGUGUCCACGCUUCCAUUUCCAAAGCCAGAUGGAUUCCUAUAAUUUAAACUUUGAGAAAAUGAGCAACCUGGACCUGCACCCUCUGAGCCUACCAUUGAGUCGGCUCUCCCGAACCAAGUCCACCAGCAGCAUCGACCAGUUCACGUACCACCAUGGCAAGGGCGACUCGGCCUACAGCUCCUUCUCUGGGGGCUCCAACGCCCCAGACUACCCCUCCCCCUUCCUUCCAGAUGACCUCCAGCACCACUAUGCCGACCUGAAGUAUGUGAAGGCCAUCUACCACCCCAACGCCCUCGACUCUGACGCCAAGAGCAUGGAUCAGCUCUACCGCUCCAUGGAGGCCAUCUCAAACCAGUAUCGUCACAACCGCAACAACAAUGGCUGCCUGAGUGCUGCACAGUACUGUGAUCAGAAUCAGGAAACACUGCCACCCCCUCCUCCUCUGCCGCCUCCGCCCCCCGACCGCCUGAACAGCUUCAAAGCCACCAGGAACCUGGAGAGCUGCAGGGCGCAGCACAGUCCCGAGGGCCAGCUGGCAGACAGGUCACCUCCACGACCCCAGACCGCUAAUCCUGAUGCUGCCUGUCUCAGGCCUGACCUAGUCUAUGGCCGCCGGGCCUCACAGCCCUAUCACAGGGACCCAGUCAACUCUGACCACACAGAUAAGAACCCUGAGCAGCAAACUUCAGCAAACAUCUUAAGCCGAUCACCCCCUUGCACGAGUCAGCCUGAGCAGCACCCUAAUCAGCAGGCCGGUAGCAGCGGUGGCGGCCAUUCAGAGGGUCAGCGUAAGAGGGCGCAAGAGACGCACGGGUCCCUCCUGCCGGAGCCACCGCGGUCUGCCAUCCCCUUGCAUGUGGGCCAGAACAUGGUCAACAGCAGCAUCCAGCACAAGGGCCAGUUUUACUUCAUUACAGGUGUUUGUAAGUCGUCAGAGUCCAGUCUGAAGCAUGGUUCUCUGUGUGUGUCAGAGGCAGGCAGUGAGAGCCCUGUGUCCGAGCCAGUGGAGAGGGAGAGGUUGCACAGCACCAUGGACAACAUGUUCAGGAACACCCAACAGAGGCACCACAGCAUCCAUGACACCACAACAACCGAUGUCAGGGAGUUUUACACCAAGAGUCAAGAUGUAAACUCCAGAAGCCAAGAUGAGGCGAAACAGACUCAGAGUAGGAUUUCAUAUGGCCCCUCUCACAUUUUAAACCAGCGCUCCCGCAGUUUCGAUGCUUUACAACAAAGUCUCAAGGUCCAGAGCAGAGAGAUCGGCAGGCAUCACAUCCCCAACAACCCCAUUUUCUACUGCGGCCCAGAGGCGAACUGUCCGCCGUUAUCAAACUCCCACAACCAGGAAGUCCCUCCACCAAUCACCAUGGAGCAGGUCACCCACCACAAGAGAGACGAACAAGUCAACACAGGGAGGAGUCGGUCGUUAGGAGACGUUGCCAGCAAGAAGAUCAACAAGGAAAACACCCCGCUACUGUACCACCUCACUGGAGCCAACAGGGCAGAGCUAAAUUUGAAUUUGAAGCCCAAAAAGGACAUUGAGGUCAGUGUGAAAGGUAAUGAUGCAGGCCUCAAUGCUGCUCAUCAGGAAAGGCAAGCCCCUGUUAGCUGUAGUGAUACGACACCACAGGGUGAAACAUCCAAGGAGGAGAGCAUGGAAGCUAUCGCCCACCCCUGCAACACACUGGACGACUCCUUCAAGAAGUACUACAAGGAGAAACUGAAGGGCGCCCAGGAUAAGGUCCUCAGGGAGACCUCCUUUAAGAGGAGUGACCUGCAGCUGUCCUGGCCCCACAGAGUGAGGCAGAGGCCUGAGCUCAGGCCCACGGUACUUCACACUGUCUCCUCUUCACAGUACUCUGAGACCUCAGCAGACACACUCACCCCCUCCCCAACACACUCUGAGGGGACAGAUAAGGAGAACAUAAAGGAAACGCUGAAGGAGGUUGAGAAAGAGAAAGAGAGCGUGGUGGUGAAGGACAGUGAAAAGGAGAAGGGGAGGCCAGCAAAUGUUGCCCAGCCUCAGUUGGCUCGUAUCGGGGGCAGGAGGCGUCUGACUCCAGAGCAGAAGAAGCUGUGCUACUCAGAGCCGGAGAAGCUGAACCAGCUGGGUGAAGGAGGCCUGCUAGUACUCUCAGGCGAGGAGGAGGAGCUGGGAGAACAGGGCCUGGUGGCGGCUAGGAGGAAGAUUUUUGAGACCAAAGGCAGGGCCCUGUCCGCCUCCAGCCUCUCCAAGACCUCCCUGAAGCACCUCCAGCACAAGGCCCUGGUGGCCUACAUGGAGCGCAAGACGGGCCACAAGGUGGCUGAGCCCCAGCAGCCUGCCCCUCAAGCCCCUCUAGCACCUCAAGCCUCUCAAUCCCCCAGCCAGAGGCACUCCAUGGCUGGGAAGCCAGCUGACUGGGGUCCCAAGCCUCAGUCUGGAAAUAAAGGAGGCCCCAAGAAAAAGCUGUACAGGCCCCAUUCCGCUGGAUGUGUCCUGGACUCGACCUCCAGCUCCAAGAAGUACGCCCAGUUCAGCUCUGGCUCCACUCAGGCCGGAGGUCAUCCCCACCAGGCUAGCUGGAGAGAGUCACCCAGCCCCUCUCAGGGGAAGUCUGCCUCUGUGGAGAGUCUUCUGGACCAACCAGAACCACCUGAGUUCUUCAGAAACCGCUUCACCUCAACACCCCAUGCAUUUCAGGGUCACAACUACAUGAAUGAUGCAUCACCAGUCAAUACUAUGGACACUUCCAGUGCUCAGACUCCGAGGCCAGUGGAUGAGGAGAGUGUGGUGAUAAGGAGAGACCAGGGGAUGUCAGCCCCUGAGGGUCAGCGGGUCCGGGUGAUGGGUCGGCGGGUCCGGAUGGUGGUCCAGCGGGGGAAGUCCCUGGAGGAGUUGGGUGUGUCCCAGGUCAGCAGCUCCUCGGUCCUCAGUAAGAGCUCUGAGCAGCUGGACCAGCUCCGCAGCAGGCAGGGGGCCCCAGGACCAGGCCAGGAAAAAAGCAGCGUAUCGUUCUUCAGUGAGGGCCAGGAGAAAGCCCAGGGGCAGACCCAGAAGAAGCACCUCUUCAAGCAGGACUCUGCACCACAGCUGGGCAGUAGGGAGAAAAGUAGGGAGAUUACUAAAAGCACCAGGGAGUCCAGUGCGUCGGUCUCCCCAGUAUCGAGCACCUCGUCUCAGGUCAGGGCUCGCUCAGAUGGGUCCCCUGGAUCAUACGACUUUGGCCCUUUGGUUAAAGAUGAGGUAGAGACCACUGGGAUCUCCUGCGACGUCCCACUACCACCGUCCCCUAACGGUCAGGAGUCCAGUGAGAGAUUGGUCAAGUCCACCUCAACUUCUCCCUCCAUACCUAUCCAUCCCAGGGGCACUGGCGAGAGCAAGACUGGCUCCAACAGAGUGAAGACUGCCCCUCCUGUACAACACUCUGUGGAGAGAGAGCAGUCAGUGGACGAGCCCAGUGAGACUUCUCAGCCCGAGGCCUCUCAGGAAGUCUCCCUGAGCUGUGGAGUCACCACAGACCCCACUCUUUGGGUCACACCACCUGAACCAGGGAGCCAAGAGGAGGACGAGGACCCAGCGCUUUCUGAUAAUCUGACAGAGGGAGAGACUCCAACGCUAGCCCCUGCUCCAGCAGCUUGUGAGCCCCUUACAACUUCCUCCACCACGCCAGUCCCUGACACUGACACCUGCCAGAGUGGGGAGGGCGAGCAACCAGAGGAAGAAAAGGAAACGGGGGAGGGGGAGGUGGAGACCCCAGCAGGAGAGACAGAGUGCCCAGAAAAGACACCCACCACUGAGGAGCCAAAGUGGGAGGAGCUGGUAGAGGAGGUGGUCACAGCGAACCAAUCGCUGGCUCGGGUGCUGUACCCGUUGACCAAUCGUAAGACGGCGCUGAUGCUGAUGGAGCAGCUACUGUCAGAAGACACUCUGCUGAUGGAGGAGCACUAUAAGAAGAAGCAGGAGCGGAGAGACAGCAGCAAGACACUGCAUGCUGCUGACAGCUCUGAAACAGUGGAUGAUCCUGAAGCACCUCCCACAUCUCCUGUUGAUGAGAAAGUCCAACCCCAACCAGAGCCACUGAGCAAGGCGGAUGUCACAGAGAACAUGAGGCUGCUGGUGACGUGUAUUGAGGAGCGUCUGCAGGCCUUGGGGGAGCCCCGAAGUGCCCUGCAGGUGGAGGUGGAGGAGAACAGGAUGCGUGGCGAGGCCGUGGAGGCCCUGGUUCGGGAGCGAUGUACGCCCGUGGAGCUGGAGCGCUAUGGCCUGUUCGUAGGAGACCUGGAGCGUGUGGUCAGCCUGCUGCUGUGUCUGUCCGCCCGGCUAGCCCGCGUGCAGAACGCCCUGAGUACCGUGGACCAGCACACCGACUCAGAGGAGAAAGAUUCUCUGGACAACCGUCACCGUCUGCUGUGUAAGCAGCGGGAGGAUGCCAAAGACCUGAAGGACAACCUGGACAGACGGGAGCGGAUGGUGUCUAACUUCCUGUCUCGCUGCCUGACAGCCGAGCAGCUCCAGGACUACCGGCGCUUUGUCCAGACCAAGGCCUCGCUCCUCAUCAGGAUGAAGGACCUAGAUGAGAGGCAGCGUCUGGGGGAAGAGCAGCUGGAGUCCCUGCUCAACACCCUCCCUCCAUGAGGAGCACCACUAGGUCCCCAUCCUACUCUCUCAUCUCCCCCAGCCAUCCAUCACCUCUCUGGGUUUAUAGAGGCCUGAAUCCCCGCUGCUUCCUCCAUCCUGGGCUGUUACCAGCCAGCACAAUCACAUGGAUGUCUUUAAAAAAAAGAGUCCCUAAGACUCCAUCUGUCCAUAUGUAUAAGUAUAAGGAAUAUAUGCGUGCCUUUUAGAGGGGUGUUGAAGUUAGGACUACAAUGUGGAAUGUCCUGUACAUCACCUUUUAUCACUUUAAUUUGAUGUCCUUACUUUUCACCUCCUCCUGCGACUUAAACCAACCCCCCCCCCGAUAUAAUAAGCUUUAGGAUUGUAUUCUGGCCUUGCGGUCUUGAUCAUCAGUCAUACUGGACUGUAUGUGUCUGUCUGUCUGAGCUUGGUGAUUGAAGCUAGCCUGGAAGAGGGUGCUAAAUGCUGUAUAUCUCAGUCAAAAUAGGUGGUAGAUUUAAUCUCACUUUUUUUUUUUUAUGCAUUUAAAAUUAAGGCACUAUAGAUAAAAACCAAAAAGGUGAAUGAAAAAAGCACUUUGAUAUGUAACUGUACAUUUCUGUUUUCUUUUGAAAAAACGUAUUUCAAAAGCUAAGCCUUACUCCAGCCAAUGUUAUUUUUUCAACUGAUUUGUAGAGGAAUUUUCCGCAUUAUGGGGUUUUAUAUGGUACAUAAGCACAUUCAUCGAGGCCGAUUUAUGUACAGUAUUACCAUUGCUAUUUAGGCUACAGAUGUCAUUAUGUCUUGUGGUCUCAAUUACAUUUUCCAUUCCAGAUUAUUUGCUUGAAAUAUCCUUUGGAUCUCCCAAACUAUGCUUACUUGAAAUUAUAAAAAAUGAAAUGUCCAAGAACUCCCUGUCGGUCCUCUACCUCAUCUCCACCAGAUGGUUGUCUCACAGCACUCUAGAAGCAGUGAAUCUGUUCUCGCUCUAAUAAUAUGGAGUCCCUGUGUUGGCCUUCCCCAGACAAAAGCCCUCCUCAUGAGGCAGCGUAUUUAUUUGUUUUGACUUGUGUGGAACUGCACUACAAUAAAUCUUAAUUUUCCAUAAUAA